CUCUCUCUCGUUCACCACCUGUUAGUUCAGACUCUUGUGCUGUGGAAUCUAUUCGCUUAUGAGGGACUCUCUCGCAACCACACAAUCAAAGCUCUAUGACUGUGCGGAGAGGAAAGAAGCUCACCAUAUCCAUUCAGGAGCACAUGGCCAUUGAUGUUUGUCCAGGCCCCAUUCGACCAAUCAGACAAAUCUCCGCCUACUUUCCCCGCCUCUCCCCCGAGCCAGUCUCGCCCAACCCCGCCUCCAGCUCCCCAUUGGCCCUCAGCCCUGGGGGCGGGGCAGCCGGGGCGAUGGGCGGCGGCCUGCUGUCUCCAGGACGACUGCACCCGGGAGCGAUAGGAGGGAGUGGCCUACGGUCGUUAAGCAGCAGCAUGGACACUUCAGUAGAGUUCAACAGCUCCGACAGCGACGACUGCACAUCUCUAGGCACUCUGGACUUUGAGCUGCGAUAUGAGACAUCAUCAAGCAGUCUGCACUGCACUAUCCAAAGGGCAAAGGGAUUGAAGCCCAUGGACUUUAAUGGACUAGCAGACCCCUAUGUGAAACUGCACCUCCUCCCUGGUGCUUGUAAGGCCAAUAAGCUGAAGACCAGGACGGUGCGCAACUCUCUGAAUCCCGUGUGGAAUGAGACCCUCACCUACAUCGGCAUCACACCAGAGGACAUGCACCGCAAAACACUCAGGUUGUCAGUGUGUGAUGAGGAUAAGCUGACCCAUAACGAGUUCAUCGGCGAAUCACGAGUCGCUCUGAGACGAGUGAAACCAGACCAGACCAAACGAUUCAGAACCUGCUUGGAACAUCCACCGCCUAUCCCGUCCCCAACAGCGAUGGGAGCAGCCCUGCGUGGAAUCUCCUGUUAUCUCAGGGAGUGGGAGAACGAGCAGCUGCACAGCCUGGAGGAGAGGGGACGUCUGCUGCUGUCACUGCAGUUCCUGCCUCCACCUGAGGAGGGAGCCGCUGAGGAGGCCCAGAGGGGCCGUCUGUGUGUGGGGGUCCAGCGCUGUGCCCACCUCGCUGCCAUGGACGUCAACGGCUUCUCCGAUCCCUACGUCAAAACUUACCUGAAGCCCGAUGUGGAGAAGAAGUCUAAACAUAAGACAGCUGUGAUUAAAAAGACCCUAAACCCUGAAUUCAAUGAGGAGUUCUUCUAUGAGAUCUCUCUGUCCGAGCUGGCCAGGAAGACUCUGGAGGUGACCGUCUGGGACUACGACCUUGGACGCUCCAAUGACUUCAUAGGGGGCGUGUGUUUGAGCUGUCACUCACAGGGGGACGCCCUCCGCCAUUGGAUGGACUGUCUGCGGAACAAGGGCCAGAGGGUGGAGCGAUGGCACAUCCUGACCAAUGAGCUGCCCAAGUCCCUCUGCCCCGACUGAAGCCCUGCUGCCAGGACUGGUGCUCCCGGACCAGAGAGUUAGACUCCACCCCUUUAGAUCUGUCCAACACAUACACACACAUCCACAUCCACACCCACCCCCCCACACACACACACACACACCACUGGCCUGGAGAGCGUGCA